UAAAGUCAAGUAAAUCACAGUCCCUUGCGAAAGCUCGUUGCUGAUUCACCCUCCUAUUUCAGCCAAGCCCUGGAAGUUUCCCUCUGCGAGGAAAAACCUUUGUGAGAUGAGAGCAAAGAUGAAAGUCUGUGCUCCUUUUGCUGUUGUCUUGGCUCUGACUCUGAGCAGUGACUGUGCAAGGAUGCACCACAAAUCUGGGGCAGGAAGAGGCUCAAAACAUGAGUUCACUCGCCCACAAGUGUUUACAGAAGAUGGAAAUUUAUGCAGAUUUCCUUUCCGGUAUGGUGGAAGGUUUUAUCACUCGUGUUUAUCAAAUUUAUUUUCCCGAAAGAAAUGGUGCUCAACAACACAUAACUACGACCGGGACAGGAGAUGGGGACAUUGCGCUUCCUUGCCUAAAGACCACUCAGAUCACUGUGCAAACAACCCUUGCCAGAAUGGAGGGACCUGUUCUCUUGCUCAUGGCCAUAGGAUGUACCACUGUACCUGUCCCGAGGAAUUCACGGGCGAGGCCUGUCAGAUGAAUAAAUGUUUUGACAACAGUCUCCAUGAGUUCUUUGAUAUGGGCAUGAGCUGGGCAAGAGUCCAACAAGGAGCUGUGGAGCAGUGCACGUGCGUGGAUGGCCAGAUUGAGUGCGAGACUGUCAGACACAAAAGUUGUGUUCAUGAUCCUUGCAUGAAUGGUGGUGAAUGUAAAAUGGUUACCUUCAGUGGGAAAAUAGUAUGUGACUGCAAAGGAAAUUAUGCAGGGAAGUAUUGCAAUAUCGUUCCCAGCCAGCGGUGCUAUGUGGGCAAUGGCACGGAGUACAGGGGCACGGCAAAGACAACCAUUUCUGGACACAGCUGCUUGCCAUGGGAUUCAGAUUUGCUUUACCAAGAGCUUCAUGUCGACAGUGUUGAGAAAGCAGUACAACUCGGCUUGGGGCCGUUCUCUUACUGCAGAAAUCCAGAUGAUGAUGAGAAACCAUGGUGCUACAUCACGAAGAACAACAGUUUGUCUUGGGAGUAUUGUGACAUUCCAUCUUGUGCAAGCAGGGAAAGGAGGCCACCAGCUCCAGACAAUGCAGAUAGCUCUGCAGUUACCAGAAGACCAUGUGGGAGAAGGCACAAAAAAAGAACUUUUGUGAGACCUAGGAUUGUUGGGGGAUCUUCAUCUCUGCCUGGAUCUCAUCCCUGGACAGCAGCUAUAUAUAUUGGAGAGAGUUUUUGUGGUGGAAGCCUUAUUCAGACCUGCUGGGUGGUGUCAGCAGCACACUGCUUUGCAAACAGUCCACUAAAAUCAACUAUUAAAGUAGUUCUGGGUCAGCAUAUAUUUAAUAAAACAACUGACGUAACACAAACUUUUGAAAUAGAGAAAUACAUCUUGUAUCCUGAUUAUUCUGUGUUCAACCCGACUGACCAUGACAUUGCUUUGAUUAAGCUGAAGAAGAACGGCCAGCGUUGUGCCGUCAAGUCCCAGUUUGUUCAGCCCAUCUGCUUGCCAGAAAGUAACACUGUUUUUCCUGAUCAGUUCAAAUGUCAAAUUUCUGGAUGGGGACACAGGCAUGAGGAUACACCUGGUUAUUCACAUGUCCUGCAAGAAACACUGAUUCCAAUUAUUCCUGAGGAGAAGUGCAGAAGUCCUGAAAUUUAUGGAACAGAAAUCACUGAAAAUAUGUUCUGUGCUGGCUACUUUGAUAGCAAAUCUGAUGCUUGUCAGGGAGAUUCUGGUGGACCUCUGGCCUGUGAGAAAGAUGAAAUCUCUUACCUCUAUGGAGUUAUCAGCUGGGGAGAUGGCUGUGGCAGAGUCAACAAACCUGGAGUAUAUACGCGAAUGACAAACUAUGUAAACUGGAUUAAUGAGAAAAUAUCUCCCCGAAAAACUAGUUGAACUGUUAAAUAUGCUAAUAGGUGAAGCAGGGUGCUGGAGUCUUUUUGUUUCAUUAAAGUGACAUAAAUAUUUUAUUAUAAGCUUGUAUGAAAACUGUCACAGUUAUUCUUAGCAAUUCCUCAUCAGACCACUGACAGUAGGCCUGUGAAAUCUGAUGUCAGGAUCCUUGAUCUAGAAUUUUAGGGCUGUCAAUUGCUCAAUAUACAGGACUGUCAUUAUUUGCCUUAAUAAAACAAACAUGUCCAGACAGGGACAAAAAUCUACAAAUGUUUCUCUGCUUAGGUAAUUGCAUUAGAAUCACAGAAUCACAGAACGUUAGGGAUUGGAAGGGAUCUUGAAAGCUCAUCCAGUCCAAUCCCCCUGCCGGAGCAGGAACACCCAGAUGAGGUUACACAGGAAGGUGUCCGGGUGGGUUUGAAUGUCUGCAGAGAAGGAGACUCCACAACCUCCCUGGGCAGCCUGUUCCAGUGUCUGUCACCCUCACUGAGAAGAAGUUUCUUCUUAAAUUUAAGUGGAACCUUUUGUGUUCCAGUUUGAACCUAUUACCCCUUGUCCUAUCACUGGAAGUUAUUUGAAUGUUUGUGCACUUUCUGGUGGAGCUGCCAUCCCCAAACCAACUUGUAAAAAGGUUGUCCUUGUAUUCUCAGGUGAGACAAAAAAAUAAACAGAAGGAGCACCAAAAAUGAAAUUCCCUCCCUGUCUCUUGAAGUUGAGGUCAAGAGACACCAGUAGAGCAAGGGCAGUGAAGCUGCUCCUCAGUUAACUGUGACAAACCAGUUCUGGGGAAAAAACAUAGGGUUUAGGUUUUGAUUCAACCAAACAUGUAAGAGUAUUUUAAUGUUCCGCUGACAUAAAGUCAGGAACAAGCCUCAGAGGUCUGCUGAAUCUGGUGUGCAAUUUUCCAGCAACGUUCAUGUAAAACCUCCUGAGAGCACAAAGAUUCUUGUUGAGAAAUGUUGGAAGUCGAAGCACCUGAUUUCAGGCUGACGCAGUCAGGAUAUUUUGCAGGCUGUGAGCUGCCCCUCACCCUGAGGAUGGCUGUGGAAAUACUUCACCUUGAUGAUAAAUGCCUAAAAGUUCCUUAAAUUUAACAGUGUUUUGAAGAUGUCUUAGAUGUUGUAACAAGUUGUUCAACUGUUUAGAUAACUCAAAAAGAAGUUUUCUGUUAGCAAAUUUUUAAACUGGAUUUUUAAACUUGGGAGUUUUCUUGGGAGUUUGAUGAUACCAUAAACCAGAGGCUUUGCUGUCACGGUCUAUGGAAUUGUUAUUGGAAGAAUCAAAGGAAUUAUUACGAUAUAUGGCUGUUUAGAGGCUGUGGAUUCAGCUAUGUAAGAAAAAAAGGCAGAAAAUGAUUCAAAACCAAAACAAAUUCUACUCUGAUAAAGAAUGGAAAAUGCCAACUUUUUUUUUUUUUUAAUAUAUAUAUAUAUACAGGGAACCUUUAGUCAUGUCAGGUAUGUACAUUUGGAAGUGUUGAUGUCAAGUGUGUUUCUUCUCUGAUAGUGAAUGUUUUUGAAUUCUCUUAAGUGUUUCGAGCAAAGCUGUGUUUUAAGAUACAGAAUUUUAAAGCGGUGCCUGGAUACUCAGCUAUGUGUUUUGUUUUAUAUGACUGGCAUAGUGUCUUCAUGGUGAAUGAUUUUGGCAGUUAAAAGAAACUUUGUAUGGAAAAACAACCAAAACCUGAAUUUGUGUAAGUAGAAAUAUAUAACAAUGCUAAUCUAGAUAAAUGACAUAAGCUGUUUAAUAAAAAUGUUUACCCUCUG